UACAAAGAUGAAGGGAGGAAGGAGAUGAUGUCGCCUCUGUACUCUCAGCUCCCUGAAACCACAGAGACCCACUUUGCCCGGGAGAUGAGUGAAAUACUGAGCGAGAACAAAUAUAAGGAAAGUGGGAAGAAGAGCCAGACUGUCAGUGUGUAUUCCCAGCUGCCACAGACCAACGAAAUCCAGUUUGCUAAAGCCGUAUCUGAAAUACAGAGUGAGGGCAAAUAUAAAGAAGCGGGGAAGAAGGAAGCAUCCAGCUCUCUGUACUCGAAGCUGCCCGAGACUCUGGAAACUCAGCACGCCAAAGAGGUGGCACAGCUGCAGAGUCAGGUGAAGUAUAAACAGGACGGUAAGAAGGAGGUGAGCAGCUCUCUGUAUCAUCAGCUACCUGCAACCACAGAGACACAGCUGGCCAAAGAGCUGAGAGAUCUCUGCAGUGAGGUGAAGUACAAAGAGGAGGGUAAGAAGGAGAUCAGUAAGAACUUGUACUCGCUGCUCCCAGAGACGGCAGAGACACAGUUCGCCAAGCAGAUGUCAGAAAUACAGAGUGAGGCAAACUACAAGAAGGACAAAGAGGAUCUGCCCAACACUUUGUACUCACUGCUGCCUGAAACUCUGGAGACUCAGUUUGUUAAAGAGAUGGCUGAGACACACAGCGAGGUGAAGUACAAGCAGGCGGGUAAGCAGCACACGGCGUCGUCUCUUUACUCCAAACUGCCCGAAACUCUGGAGACCAAACACGUCAAAGAAGUGACUGAACUGCAGAGUGAAAAAAAGUACAAAGAUGAAGGGAGGAAGGAGAUGAUGUCGCCUCUGUACUCUCAGCUCCCUGAAACCACAGAGACCCACUUUGCCCGGGAGAUGAGUGAAAUACUGAGCGAGAACAAAUAUAAGGAAAGUGGGAAGAAGAGCCAGACUGUCAGUGUGUAUUCCCAGCUGCCACAGACCAACGAAAUCCAGUUUGCUAAAGCCGUAUCUGAAAUACAGAGUGAGGGCAAAUAUAAAGAAGCGGGGAAGAAGGAAGCAUCCAGCUCUCUGUACUCGAAGCUGCCCGAGACUCUGGAAACUCAGCACGCCAAAGAGGUGGCACAGCUGCAGAGUCAGGUGAAGUAUAAACAGGACGGUAAGAAGGAGGUGAGCAGCUCUCUGUAUCAUCAGCUACCUGCAACCACAGAGACACAGCUGGCCAAAGAGCUGAGAGAUCUCUGCAGUGAGGUGAAGUACAAAGAGGAGGGUAAGAAGGAGAUCAGUAAGAACUUGUACUCGCUGCUCCCAGAGACGGCAGAGACACAGUUCGCCAAGCAGAUGUCAGAAAUACAGAGUGAGGCAAACUACAAGAAGGACAAAGAGGAUCUGCCCAACACUUUGUACUCACUGCUGCCUGAAACUCUGGAGACUCAGUUUGUUAAAGAGAUGGCUGAGACACACAGCGAGGUUAAAUACAAAGAAGCAGGGAAGAAAGAGGCCAGCAGCUCUCUGUAUCACCAGCUCCCUGAGACUCUGGAGACGCAGCACGUUAAAGAGGUUACUGAGCUGCAGAGCGAGAACAAGUACAAGCAGAGCGGGAAGAAGGCGAUGUCGUCCAGUUUGUACUCUCAGCUGCCGCAGACGGCUGAAACGCAGCUCGCCGCCAAGAUGUCCGACAUGCAGAGUGAAUGUAAAUACAAGGAGAACGGCAUCAAGAGCCUCUCUCAGAGUCUCUACUCGCAUCUACCAGAAACAGCCGAGACUCAGUUAGCACGAACUGUGUCUGAGCUGCAGAGUGAGGCCAAGUACAAGGAGGCGAGCAAAAAGGAGGCGAGCAGCUGUCUGUACCAUCAGCUGCCCGAAACACUCGAGACUCAGCAUGCUAAAGAGGCUACUGAGCUACAAAGUCAGGUGAAAUACAAGGAAGGUAAGAAGGAGCUGAGCACCAACCUGUACUCACUGCUGCCUGAGACAGAGGAGAUCAAGUUUGCUAAAGCAGUGACGGAGCUUCAGAGUGAGAAUAAAUACAAGCAGAAAGGCAGACAGGGCAUCAGCAGCAGUGUUUUCCAUCAGAUGCCGGAGACCAAAGAGAUGGAGUUUGUUAAGCACAUCUCAGAACUUCAGAGCGAGUCAAAAUACAAGAAGGACAAAGAGGAUCUGCCCAACACUUUGUACUCGCUGCUGCCUGAAACUCUGGAGACUCAGUUUGUUAAAGAGAUGGCUGAGACACACAGCGAGAAUAAAUACAAAGAGGCGGGUAAGAAGGAGAUGGUGAAGUGUCUGUACUCUCUGCUGCCCGAGACCAAAGAAACUCAGCAUGCCAAGGAGCAGAGCCAGCUGCACAGUGAGAAAGCUUACAGGGAGGAGAGCAAGAAAGAAGCCGGCUGCAGUCUCUAUGCCCAGAUGCCCCAAACCAUCGAGACCGUGUUUGCCAAAGAGCUGAGCAAGACACAGAGCGAUAAGUUCUAUAAGGAGAAAUAUAAUCGGGAGAAGGGGAAGUCCAGCUACGCCAACAUGAAGACGCUUCCUGAGGUGGAGCACGCCAUGGAGGUCAACAAGAAGCAGAGUGAAGUCAGCUACAGGAAAGGUAAAGAGGAGCUUCAUCACUACAACACGGUCCCAGACAGACCUGACAUCGUGAACGCCACCAACGCAGCUAAACUGGCCAGCGAUGUGACAUAUAAGAGUAAUACUAAGCAGCCCGUCUACAGUGACGAGUCUCUUCUGGCCAGAACUGACAUCCAGCACGCCAAAGAGGUCUCAAAACUGGCCAGCCAGGUGAAGUAUAAGGAGAGCUUCGACAGACAGUUAAAGGGGCAGAAACCUCAAUACAACCCGCUGGAGUGUGUUUCCUUCAAACAAACGCAGGCUGCUGCUGCUCUGGCCAGUCAGGUGAAAUAUAAAACCAACCAGAACCAGAAACCAGACGGUUCUUCCGACCUCCCGAACCUCCUGCAGCUGGAGCACGCCCUGCACGCCACCAAGCUUCAGAGCAAUGUAGAGUAUAAGAAGAAGUACGAGCAGACGAAGGCUCAUUACCACAUAGCUCUGGACACGGCUGAACAGCUCCACCACAAGGAGAACGCAGUGCUGCACAGCCAGGUCAAGUACAGAGAGGAGUAUGAGAAGAACAAAGGUCGCUCCCUGAUGGAGUUUGGAGACACUCAGACCUACAAGGUGUCCAAGGAAGCACAGAAGAUGCAAAGCGAGAAGGAAUAUCGGAAGGACUAUGAGGAGCAGAUGAAGGGCAAAGCCUUGGUGGACGUCGACCAGACGCCUGGAUACCUGACAGCGCGCCAUGCUAGCAGCCUGCUGAGCGAGAAAGAGUACAAGAAGGACCUGGAGCAGGAGGUGAAGGGGCGGGGCUUAUCUGGUGUUGGUCUUGAAGAGACACCUGAGCUGCUGAGGGUCAGAAAAGCCAAUCAGAUACUGAACCAGAAGGAGUACCGCAAAGAUUUGGAGAGGGAGAUUGUGGGGAAAGGCAUGGAGCUGAGUGCUGAUGUGCUGGAGAUACAAAGAGCCAAGAGAGCCUCAGAGAUCCAGAGCCAGAAGUCGUACAAGCAGACGGAGCAGCUCAGAGAAAACUCAUACGGGACGGUUACAGACACUCCUGAGCUGCUGCACGCCUCCUACCUCAAAGACGUCUACAGCCAGAAGAAGUAUAAAGACGAGGCGGAGCGACUGAAGGGACGCUACAGUCUGGUUUCUGAAACCCCGGAGAUGGAGAGGGUCAAAGCCAACCAGAGACACAUCAGCUCUCUGCGAUACUGCUGGGACUCAAAGAUGAUGAGAAACCUGACGUCAUCGGUCACAGAGACGCCAGAGAUCGUCCUCGCCAGAGAGAACGCCAAGAAGAUCAGUGACGUCUGGUACAGGGAGGAGGUGGGUUGUGGCACCGCGGUCAUGGACACACCUGAGAUGGAGCGAGUCCGACGUAACCAGGAGAACGUCAGCUCAGUCAAAUACAAGCAGAGCGCAGUGAAGGCCACCAGCGUCGGAGUGACUCCAGAGCUAGAGAGAGUCAAGCAAAACCAGGAGAACAUCAGCUCGGUGAAGUACCAGCGCGGGCUGCAGGAGGUGAGGGGGCGGAGCUGCAAUGAGCUGGACACACCUGAGUACAGACGUGUCAGGAAGACACAGGACUCGGUCUCCAUGGCAAAGUACCACGAGGACUUUGAGCGGGCGCGCGGUCGAGGGUUCACGCCGGGGUUGGACGAUCCCAGCAUGGAGCGCUACCAGAGAGCCAAUCAGAUGAUGGGAGAGGCGGGCUACAACAAAGGCAUGCACCACCAGGUGACAGAGAUGGACAGACGACCAGGAGGCAUCAUCGUAGACCUGAAGGUGUGGAGGGCAGACCCAGGCUCCAUCUUUGACUUUGACCCUCUUGAGGACAACAUUCAGUCCAAAAGCCUCCGCAGGAUGUCUGGUAGCUCUGGAUCCUCAAGAAAUGUUUUCAAACUAAAAUAUUUUGCAUAUUUGCAUACAUCUCUCAUGACCCCUCAUGACCCUGAGAUGUUUUCUUUGUUUUUCCUCUGUUGUUACUUCUGUCCCACGCUGCCCUCCGGUGGUGGCCGGCUGUUAGAGCGAGCUGACUGCAGGCUGAGCAGGCAGCAUUCCCAGCAGUCUCUCACCCACAGCCAGGCUCAGUCUGUCAGCUCGCUGACCUCUGACCUCUGGGACCGCAGCAGCGCUGAAACUCCGGCUCCUGUGCUCCCUGGAGCGUACCAUCAGGGCGUCCAGAUGCAGCAGCAGCAGCAGUAUCACGGCUACAUGCAUCAGACCAGCAUGUCAUCUGUCAGAUCUGUCACCUCUCCUCCACACUCAGGCACCAUGCGUGUUUACCGUGCGCUGUAUGACUACGCGGCUCAAGAUCACGAUGAGGUCUCAUUCAGGGACGGCGACGUCAUCAUCAACGCUCAGCCCAUCGACGAGGGCUGGAUGUACGGCACCGUGCAGAGAACCGGCAAGUCCGGCAUGCUGCCGGCAAACUACGUGGAGUGUUGCAACUAAAGCAGAGAGGAAGACGAGUUUGUGAGAGAGAGCGGAGAAGAUGAAGUGAGACGGGGCUGAAAUUCACAGUUACAUCCACCUUCAGCGUUAUAAAAGCAACGCUGGUGAUGUUCUUUGCAUUUCAGGGCUCAUUUAUAUUUCAGUGUUAUGGGAAACGGGAAAGACAGAUUAUUAAGCUGUUCUGGUCAAUUUUAAAAACAGGAAAUUAUGUUUAAAAAAAUAAGUUUAAUGGGUUUUAAUUAGACGUGAUGGAUUACAAAGCUGCAGCUUCUUUUAGAAUAAACACAUCUGCUCAACAGCCAAUCAAAGAGCAGUUUCUACACUUAAAGGUGAAGGAAACGGACCAGGAUGCAGUGCAGCAGAGCAGGGUGGGCUAUGAUUAAAGAGGGCUGCUUGGGGAAGGCCUUUCCUGUAUCUGAUGGACACAGAACUCCACCGUCUGUCAGGUCCAUCGCUUAUUGGAAAAUACAUCUAUUUCAGCUCCAUUCAGGCCUUUUCUACAGUAUCUCCAAAAUUAUUCUUCUUGUUAUGUAAAAUUAGCAUUUAUGUAAAAAAAAGAAAAAGAAAUUUACAAAAAAAAUCUACAUAAAAUAUUAUGAAGCAAUUUCACUUUGUUUUGACUGGCACAGCUCUUAAAUAAUUACAUGGAAAUCAAAUCUGUAAACUCCUGGAGUUUCAUCCAUGUCAGUCCAAAACCAGCUGAAGAACCAGCAUCAGUAGUAACCUCGAGGCUCUGGUCACGUCUCAAAGUUACUGUAUAUGGUUUGAAACAGAGUGAAAGUGCGCAGAGGGAAGGUUUAGGAUCUGAGCUGGAAAUGAACCUCAAGCAGCUUCAUGGUUCUUCUUUAGGUGGCACUGAAAUAUAUAUAUUUUUAAUUUAGGCAUUAAAGGUUUAAGAAUCUAUUGGGCAGAUUGUCUGGUGUAAAAAAAAAAUGAAUAGAUAGAUAAAAGAUAGAUAAACCUUUGUAAUUUCACACUAAGCGCUGCAAUGCACUGAACAUCAUGAGCCGGUGAUAUCAGGUAAUAAUUGACCUGAAGGGGAAUUUUCUUUUGAUGAGCGGUGGAUAAAGAAAAAAAAGCAGAUGGAGGGAUAAAUCUAGCAUGCUGUCAUGUUUUAUGAGAAUAUAGAAGUAGAGGAGCGAACGACAGAAGGAUGCAUGAAGAAAAGCAGUGAGAGAGACUAGAAACAACUAAAGUGUAACUUUUUAAUCACCUAUGACAAACUAAAAGAGAAAAUGAGGAAGGAAUGAGCAGUAUUAAUCUAAUUUAUAAUAAAACAGAAAUUCAGACAAGACUCCUAAACUGCAGCUCUGGGUGUGGUCUGUGUUUUUAAUACUGCCAACAACGCCCAGGAAAAGACCACAAAAACUUGUUUCAGCUCCACAUGUCGAUUAAUCCACAACAAAUUCACUGUAAUCUCACUACAUCCACAUAAAAGACUCAUAAAUGUUUCAUACUUCAAAUGAACAUGUGAUAAGCCAAAUCAAAGUCCUUGUUCAUUGUUGAAAACGGCUAAUUAGACUCAUAAACUCAUGAUAUAAGUCACUGCUUGGCAAAUAAUCCUAACAGUCAGUUCACAUCAACACACUGCAGAUGAGAGGCUCCUUAAACAUAAAGGCAACCAAAUCUGAGAAAAGUUCUUACUCGGGUCAUUUUGUAAAUAUUUAGAUUACAUUUGUGCCUUUUACCUACUAUGAAAUGUGUCAGUUAUACAUUUUGCAUUUUUAAUUUGCAUUUUUCCCCAAAAUGUUUUAAGUUUAAAAGACCUAAAAUAACAGAACAAACCUAUUCCACCCUCACAAGACAAAAUCCCAGAUGAGCAAAAACAGAUCAAUAAAAAAGUCCAGCAGGAAAUAACAAAACCAACAAUCGCCGCUCCAUCGGCAGGUUUCCCCACCCUCAACCAAAUUUCCUCUCAUCAAACGCGGUGUCCCUGUGCUCUGAUCAAACUCACUCACUGCAGAGUGGAUCUGAUGGAUUUCCUAUUCUUAUUAAAUUCGUGUUCAGAUGUGAGAAAGACAGUUUUAGUUUUUAUUCUUUAAAAUAAAAGCAAAAUGCUGCCUACAGCUUCCCCCUUAUUCAGAAGGGUCCCCACAGCAGGUAGCAGGUUUGGUUUGGAGGGUUUUCCUGGUUUUGUGUCUCUGGCUGGAGUUGAACUGGGGAUCUUUUUAACUGCUUCACUCUGGCACCACCAGAAUAAAGAAUACAAAUGAAAACUGAAUUCAGAUGUUGGCAUAAUACAAAUUUGAUAUGAUGUCAACAAGUACAAAGAGUUGUCCUGUUUUAAGACCAUUAUUAAGAUGCAUAGAAGAAUAAGUGCUAUAAGACCUCUUACAGUCAGCAGGUGCUCAUCAGGGAGAGACACCCAUAAAACAGACCCCCUACUAUCUGUGCACUGAGGUCUGAGGGACCUCCCAGGAAUGCUGACACUAUUUUCCACAUUCCAGAUAUCUCUUGAUCUCUAAUGUAUGUAGAACAUGACCUGCUCCAGAGCAGGUGUGUGGUUCUGAAAAGCCAGGAUUAAACCAAAGUUACCUGGAUGAGCCCAAAUACUGCUCUGUCAGCCAUCGAUGCCACUAAUGAAACAGAUAUGGUCACAUGCUGACACCUUUAUGUGAUCUGAAGGGAAUCCAGAAAUGAGAUGAAUUGAGAUACUGAUGGUUUUUGGUCUUUUUAUGGGUUUUGUUGGCAUUAAGAAAACGAAAGAUUGUCAGCAGACUUUCAUUUGAAAGGAUGCAGAAAAAGAAGAAGAGGAGCAGGGAAUGAAAAUAAUUAUCUGUCUUCUCUCUACACGUGAGCCCGAGAAUGAAAAGGAAAGAAUGAAAAGUCAGAAAAUACUUUUUUCUUAGCAGUGAUGCAACCAAAAGGAAGGAGUGAGGGCAGGCGAAUAGGAACAAGGUUUAGAAACCUCUCGAGUUUGAGCAUUCAUUUAUCCCGGGUUUAAUUCAUGUUCAGGUUAUGUGUGGUUUUGUUUUUGACUUCUGAUGUACAGUAACCUGUCGACAAACCACAGACAGAUCAUCGGUUUUAAACAGCAGCAGUAACCUCUGUGUUUGUAAAGGACUUAACUAACACACUGUGUCUUUCUGUUUCUCGUGUCAUGCUGUCCGAAUAUUUUAAGCGUCAUCUCUGCACACAGUAAAAGUUUAUAUUUACUGAAAUCUGAAGAGACUGUUUAAGUACGUCGGACUGGAGAUUUCUGGACGUUGCAGACUAUUUUGAUACACGGGCUCCUGUCCACGUUUGGGAAAGUUAUAUUUUACUCUUGUGUGUAUCCAGUAAGUCGUGUUUUUGGGGUUUCUUGUCUUGCUGUGUGGAUUGCAUCCCGGUCAUGUACUGAAUAAAUCUUCACUCAGCCAUGAUUUGUCAUUCUAGCUGGAAACCAUUUUUGCAUUUUGUAUGUUUUAUUUCAUAAAAAUAGAUGCAAUAGAAUAUAAUUUACUGAAUAUUCAUGUGUUGAUUGUGUUAAGUUUUGAAGAGACGCUGUUUCUUUUGUUUUUGGUUCAUGCUUUGAUGAUUUUUUUGCUUCUAAUGUCACAGUUUUUUUCUUAUUUACUCAGUAUGUCAUCACAGAUUUUACUAAAUUUAUUUACAUAUUAUUUGAAAUUAUGGAUCAUUCAAUCUCGGCUAUGUUUUGCCAUGUGAUAAUUGCAGUGUGUUCCAUAUGGGAGAAAUAAAAAACAAAUAAACAAU